ACUGAUCCGACGUUGAAUCAUAGAAUUUGAAGCUUUUUGUAUAAUGUACGAUACCCUUUUUCAUAGCUUGCGUCCCCUCUUUUUCAUAGUCUGCGGGCGCCGCUGUAAGUAAAUCACUUAUUUUCCGAUAAAUUUAAUACCAGAUUCUUACCGAAUAAUUCACUCAUUCAAGUCACAAGGGUGAAGAAAGGGAAACACAGUUACUGGAAAUUUUAAGUGAGGAAUACCAAAUUGAAGAAGAGGUCGAAAAAAAUAAUGGGACUCCGAGAAAUUCGAAAAUUCAGGAUUAUUUUAGACAAGCAAGAGAAACCGAAAAACAAGGUAUUGACGAUUCACAAUAUACGAAUUAAUUCAGGAAAAAUUUUGCCAGUUAAACUUAGAAAUUCAGCCAAUAAUAGCUGAAGUUAAUAAGAUAAAAGAAGAAAAUAAUAUUUAUAAGGAAGAGAUGAAGAUAAUUGGUUACAAGAUACAAAAAUUAGAAGAAAAUUAUAUAAAUAACGAAAAGAUAAAAGGUAUGUUGGAAUUUCGAAUUUGAUAAAUUGGUAAAUGACAAUACAAGUAAGAACAUAAUAAUUUUUAAUUUUCCGAAUUAAAACAUGGAACGUUGCUCAACAAAUCAAACAAUUUAUUAACAAAGAAUUAGGUCUAAAAAAUAUAGACAUUGAAGAACUAGUCCAACUUAAAAAUAGUAAGAAUAACCUAAUAAUAAAAGUAUGUCCGGAAUCUGUAAAAGAUAGAAAUUUAGUUCUCAGGAAAUUUUUGGACUUUGAAACCAAAAAUUGUUAGUGAAAUCGAGAAAAAAAUAAUAAUUACAACGGAUUUGUGUAUUAGAUCAAGAAUUAGAAGAAAAAACUACAGGAUCAAAUUAAAAUAGAAAAAACUAUUAAAAAUAAAAUAUUAAUAAGAGAUGAUUACUAUAUUAAGGAUAAUAUAAUAUAUACAAUUGAUAUGAAUACAAACAAGAUUAUUCAAAUGGAUUGUUCUUUUAGAAAUAGACAGACGACUAAAAAGAACAGGACUGAAAAGAAAAUCAUACCGAAUUAAGUUUAGAUCCUUCAAAUAAGAAAACAGUAAUUGAAAAUAUUUGUAAUAAAAGCUUUGUAAAACUGGAAAAUAGUAAAGUAAAAGUAAAGGGAAAAAAUGUUAGUAAUGUAAUGGUAGUAAAAAUAUGAGAGAGACUAACAAAGACAAAAAAAUUUCUGUCCAAUAGGGUUUUGGAGAAUAUAAGGUCUUUGCAGAAAAAUUAUAAAGUCUUACUAAAAGAAUUCAUAGAUCCUAACAUUAUAAUUGGUUCAAGGGAACCUGGAUGAUAAUUUGAAGUGACAGUCAAAACUAAUAGUUAAUAAACACGUUAUCAUAGUAUUUAGUGAAGCAAAAAUGAAGAAACAAGAAUAAAUUAAUCUACUUUGUAAAAGUAGCUAUCAUAAAUAUAAAUUUAAUAAAGUAAAUAAGAUCUUUGUAAUGCAAAAACAAUGAGCUAUUGUAUGCGGAAUAUUGAAUAAAUUUGAAGUGUUUUAAAACAGGUGUAAAAAGGAACAUACUAAAUGUCAUUUAUAAGUUAGAAUAUAAUUAUAUGUAGAAAUAAAUUUGUGUAGAUAAUCAAGAAAUUGUGAAAUCCAACCGCCCCGAUUGUAACAGACGGAAGGCGAAUGUACAUCGAAAAGUUAAUUUAUGUAAACUUUUAAAAUUGUAUAAACAUCUCCCUUGUAACAGGCUAUUGCCUAUUACAUUAAUAAACAUUGAUUAAUAAUAAUGAUUAAUAAUUCACUCAUUCGGAGGAACAGAAAUAACAUAAUAAUAAUAAUAAUAAGUAAGCAAUACACUUCUGAUCCUUUUUAUAUUAAGGUCAUCCCGUAUCUCUAAAAUACAAUGGACUACAGAAGCAUUUUAUGUUGUAACAUAUUUAAAAAUAAUGGAAGCUGAAUGUCUCAGGCUCAGUCCUUCACCAGCCGGGUGUCGGCAUCGAGAACCUGGCUGAAUCCCUAAUAGGCAUGGUUAAUUACUUGCCCAUGAAAAAUUCCCGGAUUUCUCAUGGGCAGUUUUAAUCGUUUCGGUCAUCGGACCGUCAUUGGUUUUCAAUUAGAAAUUUGUUACAACUAAGUUAUAUUACAAACUGCAUUAAACGGGGUUUGUAUUACAGGAAUAAUUUAACAUAUUUAAUUAAUAUGUUCUGUAUUAAAAGUUAAUGGAUAUAACCUAAUUAAAAGGUUAUUGUAUAAAAAAUGUAAAAUUCAUAAGUUAAAUUAAUAAUAGCGUAAUUAUAAUUGCAUUAAUUAAACAACGUAUAUAUAUAAAGGCAUGGAUUGACGAGUGUUGUAGAUUGUAUUAAUUGUCUAUAGAAAAUUAAUUUUCUCAGUAUGCUGUUUAUAAAGAUUUUUAUUUUAAUUGCAAUUUGUACGGUUUACAUUCAAGCACAACUUGCUGAUAGAUUGAGUAGAAAAUACUGUUCGAGUGGAAAUCAAGCAGCUUUGAGGUUCUGCGCUAUGGAAAACAAUGCGGGAAUUGUUCUCGAUAUAUUUCGAAAUUGUGUAUUGCAAUUUAAAAAAUUUUAUACGUUGCACGAAAUGUCAGAGUACAUCUGCAAUAAUAUUAAUGGAGAGGAAUUCGUUCGAUAUAAAAAGUGUGCAGAACCAGCUUUAACUUCAGCAGCCGAGCGUGAUGAGAAGUUUUUGCCCAUACUUGACAAUUGCUUAGCUGUUUACAAUGAUUGAAGAUGAAGAAUCGAAUCAAGAAAUUUUCAUCAGCCCUUCCUUCCUUCUCUUUGUAUCUGAUUUCAUUUAUCAUAAAUUUCUAUAAGAUAUUCCGUUUUAACGAUCAUACUACAAUUUAUAAUUGCAUUAAUUAUAUAUUUUAUUUCUAAAUUUUAAAUAAUAAAACGACACCGAUUUAAUUUCUUAAAUAAUAUUUCGCAUAUUCUUGCACUUAUCAAUUGCCAUCGAUUGUCUGAAUUGUCCGAAACAAUUUCUUUGUAAAGAAAACAAAUUAUUUCAUUCUAAAUGGAUUUUUGAAAAAAAAUAAGAA